UAACAGCGGUGACAUUAAUAACACAAUAAAACCUGUUUUCAGUAGAUGUAACAGUGUUUUAAAGGAAGUAUAUUGUAAAAUACAUUGCAAUAGUUUGGAAUAAAGUCACACAAUUAAAGGGGAUAAGGUUUGCCUUUAUGUCUGAAGGCCCUACAGAUGAACCCGCUGGCACCCACACUAUACGUUUUUUAGACUAUUGUAAGAAUACAAACAAAGAAAACUGUAUCUGAGAUGAAUUAAUGUAUGGAGGAAGCAUCUUAAAGUAAACAGUAUAUUAACUGUUUAAAAGUUAAAAGAUAUCAACUAAACAUCUCUGUCUGAACUUCGUCAUAAGACAACACUUCAAAGAAAAUUGAGAAGAAAUUCGAAUAUUAAUUGUUGUAGAAAAUUAUUCAAGAUGAUAUUUAAAUCCUGUAAAGUGACUGUUGAUAAGAAAAUGCUACCAAUGAAACUUCAUUUUUUCUUCUACGCUUUAGCCCUAGGAUCUGUGUUUCUUUACUUCUCAUUAAUAGCAAAAAAUAUCGGAAUUAGUGUUACAGGAGUAGGAAUAACGUUUACUAUAGUUCCAUUCGUUACAGUGUUAAUUAAUCCAAUAUUUGGAUGCAUAACUGAUAAAUUCAAAAAAAUUAAAUUUUUCAUUAUGCUUUUGGCAAUUCUUCAAACACCCAUUUACUUUUCCAUCAAUUAUAUUCCCGAAAUUGAAAAAGAAAAACAUGUUUUCUCUGACGUAAAAUUCUUAUGUAAUAAUGAUAAUGAUUCUAUAUUCAUUGAAUCUGCAAAGUUUCUAACAAUAAAUCCAAGCAAUAAAACUUUAGAGUGUAAUCUUGAAUGUAUGCCCUGUAACAACAGUGACAUAUUAUGCCACAGAAGUUUUAAUAUAUUCAGUAAAUCGCUUGUAAAUAAUUCACAAAUUAUGCAAGUAAUUAAUACAACCCUGGAGGAUAAUGUCACAUCUUCUAUCUGUUCUGAAGAAUGGAAGGAUAAUUGCUGGACAACGUGCUUCAUGGAUGAAGAAGAAGAUAGCAAUUCAUUCCUCCACUAUCAAUUCUGGUUGUUUGUCUUUCUAACAGCCUCUGGUAUAAUUAUAACUGAUAUUAUCAUAGCUUUAUCGGAUGUUGCAUGCUACGAAUCCCUUGAAGGAAGAGUUAAUCAAUUUGGUAAACAAAGAAUGUGGCUUUCUAUAGGAUGGGGAGUGAUAUCAGCAUGUACUGGAUAUAUUGUAGAGUUAGCAAAUAUGAAUAACAAAGGAAAAACCGAUUUUUCUGUAUGCUUUUAUAUGAUGCUACCAUUAAUGCUGUUAGAUGUUAUAAUACUUGGAUAUACAGAUAUGAAAAAGGAUAAAUCAUCGAGCCAUAUAUUAAGGGAUGUUAGGAAAAUAUUCGUAAAACCUCAUCCAUAUUUUAUUGUUAUUGCUGCAUUUCUUGUAGGAGCAUUUUCUGGUAUACAAUGGAAUUUUGCCUUUUGGUAUUUCGAUGAAAUGGGUGCUAGUAAGAUUUUAAUGGGUGUUAGUUCAGCGACGAUUUGUAUGUUUAGUGAAGUACCAUUCAUGUUUAUCUCUGGUUGGAUUAUUAAAAGAAUAGGAAGAGAUAACUGCAUGUGCCUUGCUUUUAUAGCAUUUUCCAUCUGGUUUUUAACUGCUUCGUAUAUAUAUAAUGCAUGGUGGAUUAUAUUACCUGAUCUGACUCAAGGACCGUGUUACGGUCUUUUCUAUGCAGCUAUGUCGUCUUAUGGGAAAAUCAUAGCCGCACCUGGAACUGAAGCUACCAUGCAAGCAAUUCUGAGGGCCACGUUUUUUGGCUUAGGCGUCGGUUCAGGAAGUUUAGUAGGAGGAAUCGGCUUCGAGAAAUAUGGCGGUCGAAUGACAUAUCGUUUUGCAGGAUUUUUUACUUUGGGUGCCGCUGUUGUAUAUAAGUUCAUAACCGUGUUUAUAGCAGGAGAAAAUUCUGUAAUAGGAGAUAAGAAAGAAGAAGCAGAAGAUAAACCUAAACUGGAAGACUUAUCCACAUGUAAAUAAAUGUGAAAUUCGUUUCGUUAAAUUGGAAUUAUACAAAUGUGACAAUAUAUAAUCGAAUAUUACAUCGAAAUUUAUUUUUUA